AUGCGUUCAAGGACGAACAUCGCUCUCGGCCUUGCUGCCACUGGCUCAUUAGUCGCCGCUGCUCCCUGCGAUAUUUACAAGAAUGGUGGUACUCCUUGCGUAGCUGCUCAUGGCACUACUCGUGCAUUGUAUGAUGCCUACACUGGUCCUCUCUACCAACUGAAGAGAGGCUCAGACGGUACUACAACCGACAUCUCUCCCUUGUCUGCCGGUGGUGUUGCCAAUGCCGCUGCUCAAGACUCUUUCUGCAAGGGUACUACCUGCCUCAUCAGUAUCAUCUACGAUCAGUCUGGCCGUGCAAACCAUCUUUAUCAGGCCCAGAAAGGUGCCUUUAGCGGGCCAGAUGUCAAUGGAAACGACAACUUGGCAGGUGCUAUUGGAGCCCCAGUAACUUUGAACGGCAAAAAGGCAUAUGGAGUCUUCAUCUCGCCUGGCACUGGUUACAGAAACGACGAAGUCAGCGGCACAGCCACUGGAAAUGAACCUGAGGGCAUGUAUGCUGUUCUCGACGGCACUCAUUACAACGAUGCUUGCUGUUUUGACUAUGGAAAUGCCGAGGUCAGCAACACAGACACUGGUAAUGGUCACAUGGAGGCCGUCUACUUUGGCAACAACACGGUCUGGGGCAGUGGCUCAGGCAGCGGUCCUUGGCUUAUGGCCGAUCUUGAGAACGGUCUGUUCUCUGGCCAGGGUACGAAGCAAAACGCUGCAGACCCUUCGAUCUCCAACAGAUUCUUCACUGGAAUGGUCAAGGGAGAACCUAACCAGUGGGCGCUUCGUGGUGGUAAUGCUGCGUCGGGUUCUUUGUCGACAUACUACAGUGGCGCUCGUCCCACCGUUGGCGGUUACAACCCCAUGAGUCUCGAGGGCGCCAUCAUUCUUGGUAUUGGAGGCGAUAACAGCAAUGGCGCUCAGGGUACUUUUUACGAGGGAGUUAUGACUUCAGGUUACCCAUCUGACGCCACUGAAGCCUCGGUGCAGGCCAACAUUGUGGCUGCGAAGUACGCUACUACCUCCUUGAACACAGCACCACUCACUGUGGGCAACAAGAUUUCAAUCAAGGUGACGACCCCCGGCUACGACACUCGCUACCUUGCCCACACCGGAGCCACGGUCAACACACAGGUUGUUUCGUCGUCUAGCGCUACUAGCCUCAAGCAACAAGCCAGCUGGACUGUUCGUACCGGCCUCGGUAACAGUGGCUGCUACUCUUUCGAGUCGGUCGACACACCUGGAAGCUUCAUCAGGCACUAUAACUUCCAGCUGCAGCUCAACGCGAACGACAAUACCAAGGCUUUCAAGGAGGACGCAACAUUCUGCUCGCAGACCGGACUCGUCACUGGCAACACUUUCAACUCGUGGAGCUACCCUGCCAAGUUCAUCCGUCACUACAACAAUGUUGGAUACAUUGCCAGCAACGGAGGUGUUCACGACUUUGACUCUGCUACAGGCUUCAACAACGAUGUCAGCUUUUUGGUUGGAAGCAGCUUUGCUUAG